GUAACACAGGGAGUGACAUGGAGGGUAAUACAGACGGUGACACAGAGGGUGACAUGGGGGUGACAUGGGCAGUGACACAGAGGGUGACAUUGGGGUGACAUGGGCAGUGACACAGAGGGUGACAUGGGGGUGACACAGGUCGUAACAUGGGGUGACACGGGGGGUGGCACGGGGAUGACAGAGGGUGACGCAGAGGGUGACACGGGUGUGACGCAGAGGGUGACACGGGGCUGACAGAGGUGUCCCCGUCCCCGUCCCCGUCCCCGCGCCGCAGAAACGCCGCGAGCGGGAGAUGCAGCAGCAGAUGCUGCUGAGGGACGAGGAGACCAUGGAGCUGCGGGAGACCUACACGUCCCUGCAGCAGGAGGUGGAGAUCAAAACCAAGAAGCUGAAGAAGCUCUAUGCCAAGCUGCAGGCUGUCAAGGCUGAGAUCCAGGACCAGCACGACGAGUACAUCCGCGUGCGCCAGGACCUGGAGGAGGCCCAGAACGAGCAGACCCGCGAGCUGAAGCUCAAGUACUUGAUCAUCGAGAACUUCAUCCCUCCCGAGGAGAAGAACAAGAUCAUGAACCGCCUGUACUUCGACAGCGACGAGGACCAGUGGAAAUUCCAGCCACUGGUUCCCACUGGAGGGUACGGCCUGUGUCCCUGUCCUUGUCCCCAGGGCACAGUCCCUGUCCCUGUGUCCUUGUCCCCAUGUCCCUGUCCCUGUCCCUGUCCAUGA